CCAAUCCCACUUUCACAAUCAGACGCCCUCUCAGGUGAAGAUACAAUACCCAUUGGUUCAUUACCCAGCUUAACGAAAAAAGAAAAGGAAAAAAAAAUUUAUCGUUCGAUUUUCCCUCAUUUUCCUUCACUUUCCGUUCUUAGGAAGAAGCUCCGAGAAACUUUAUGCGAAUCAGUUGGGCGUGAUUUGGAGGAGAAGAAGAAGAAGAUGAAGAAGCUGAAGAGCUAUUACAUGCAUCUGAGGAACCAUCAUGGUGGGGCGGAAAGGAAGUGGAUCUUCCCUCUGGCGAUAGGCUCGAUCGUAUCUCUCUUCCUCUUGUUUCUGACGACGUUAACCUCGUCGGACGGGACGCCUCUGCUUCCCUUCUACCGCUCCUUGACGGCGUCGAACUCCGUCUUCGUCGAAUCCAAGCUCCAUCCGGUCCCGGUCUCGAACCUUCCUCCGCCUCCGCGCUUCGCCUACCUCAUCUCCGGCUCCAAUGGCGACGGCAAUAUGCUGAAGCGGACGCUCGAAGCCCUCUACCACCCGAGGAACUGCUACGUCGUCCACCUUGACCUCGAGUCGCCGCCGGAGGAGAGGCUGGAUCUGCAGAAUUACGUGAAGGAUCACCCGACCUACGCCAAGUUCGGCAAUGUGAGGAUGAUCACAAAGGCCAAUCUCGUGACCUACCGAGGACCGACCAUGGUCGCCAACACGCUCCACGCCGCCGCGAUUCUCUUGAAGGAAGGAGGCGAUUGGGAUUGGUUUAUCAACCUCAGCGCCUCUGAUUAUCCUCUUGUUACUCAGGACGAUCUGCUACACACGUUUUCGUACUUGCCACGGGAUCUUAAUUUCAUCGAUCAUACCAGUAACAUUGGGUGGAAAGAGUAUCAAAGAGCAAAGCCAAUAAUUGUAGAUCCUGGGUUGUAUAUGACAAAGAAAGAGGAUGUUUUCUGGGUUACACAACGGAGAAGUGUACCAACUGCAUUCAAGCUUUUUACAGGUUCGGCUUGGAUGGCACUUUCUAGGCCUUUCAUUGAUUACUGCAUAUGGGGAUGGGACAACCUACCUCGAACAGUUCUCAUGUACUAUGCAAAUUUUAUAUCAUCCCCAGAAGGAUACUUCCAUACUGUGAUUUGUAAUGCUCAAGAUUUUCGCAAUACAACUGUGAAUAGCGAUCUCCACUUCAUAUCUUGGGACAAUCCUCCCAAGCAACAUCCUCACCACCUCAACCAUGCUGACAUGAAGAGGAUGAUUGACAGUAAUGCUCCUUUUGCAAGGAAGUUCCGCAGAGAUGAGCCAGUGCUUGACGAAAUUGAUUCUGUGCUCUUGUCUCGCGGUCCUGGCUUGGUUGUUCCUGGUGGUUGGUGCAUAGGAAGCAAGGAAAACGGCAGCGAUCCAUGCUCUGUUACUGGUGAUACCACAAUCCUCAGGCCCGGCCUUGGUGCUAAAAGGCUGGAAACUUUAACUAGCUAUCUGUUAUCACAGGAGAAGUUUCGACCGAGACAGUGCAAAUAACAAAUUUUCAAGAAUUUUUUUUUAGGAUGUGAUUCUUGUGCAAAUUGAGUUAGUUUUCACUUGAAGAUGGAAGAAGCCACGAUCUUUUAGUAGGAAUUGAAGAUGGGGGAUUAAGCAGAGUCAUAUAUCUGGCCUAUAGAGUGACAAGAAUGAUUUGGACUUUGGCUGAACUACUCGACUAAAGAGAUCUGGAUACUUGCUGCAGUGAUGACACGGUAUGCACCGACCAAACUGAUACACUAGCAUAGCACAUGGUUCCCCUUUUCUGUUUUUGUAAAAUAUUUAGAACCAUAUGUCCAGGUCCUGCUGUUACCAAUGCAGCCGUAAAUCUAUGUUGGACCGAUCAUGCUUGUAAAAGUAAUUAGAAGAUGAAUGUUCAAAAGAGGAAAUUAAAGAAAACAUUUUACCUGA